AUGUACGCCACAAAGCUAGAUAAGACACCGGAGGAAAAGGAGUCCGCAAAACAGGAAUUGAUGGCUGCAGAAACAGAUCGAGAAGCAUUUGAACGUGAAUUUAAAAACUUCGGUGUAACGAAGAGGAUCAAAGAAGCGUCUCCGUCACCUGCCGGGGGGGCGCCUCGCGGUGACGCAGCCGCUGAUAGGAAUACUGUCGAGAGCGCGCGCGAGCGACAUCUAGCAGCAACGGGACGGCACCGGCGGUGCAUAAUUAGCUCGGCAUUAAAUAUGCCGCGGGAAGUUGGAUACACGUUGGAGGGAAGCGAGAACAUCCAGUGCCUGUCUUAUGCCGACGACCUGGUCGUGCUCUCGAGCACUCGAUUCGGGAUGAACGUCGCGCUUAAGCACCUGCAGUCAACAGCGGUUCGCCAACUAGGGGCGAGUUCCUGGUUGCCACCCCCCCUCACCUCACCGCCCGCCAUCACCCCACCAACUACCACCCCUUGCCUGCGCUGUUCUGUCGCGCCGCCGGAGCGGACCGCCCCUCUCAUCUAUCGCGCGUGUGUUGUGCGGCCGUCGGUGCAGCCGUCUCGGCGCGGCCGCUUCGAGAUUGUUUUCUGUCCUACGGCUCGCGGUUUUGAAAUUAGUGUCCAGUCGGUGUUUUUAGCUUCAACCAGGCGGCUUCCCUGCGAGAGGUGCGGUCGAGGAUACCUGACGGCGGCCAGCUUGGCUCAACAUCGGAGGCGAUACUGUCGUGGCGCUGUCGGGGAGGGCCCCAGCGGGUGUGAGGAGUGUGGCCGGGCCUUGGCCACAUAUGCUGGUGCGCGGCAGCACAUGCGCCGCGCCCACCCGGACGCUUGCCGUAGGAGUGUCGAGCUGGGUGAUCGUCGGAGGGCAGAUCCAAUUUCUGAGGUGGAGCGUUCUGCCAUAUGCCUUGCGGAGUUGGAGUACGGUGGAACAACAGUCAAUAAACAUCUGGCUGAGAAGUUCCACCGUACUGUGGACGCCAUAAAAAACCUACGCAAGCAGAGGACCUACUGCUCUUUGCGUGCCCAGCAGUGGAAGCUGAACAACAGGAGGCUCCGGACCAUCCAACUCACUCCCCUGCUCGAUUCGACCGGCCCUCACAGACCGAGCUCCUCCACUGGCGAUCAGUCCGCCAGCCCGCCAUCACGGAGGGCUGCCCCAUCGUCGUCCCCGCCGUUGGAGUGUGGCGACUCCGUAUUCAGGGCCGGGCCGUCCUCCUCGUCAUUGCCGUCAACAUCGUCCGCCCCCUCCUCCGCCUCGUCUUCUCCCGGCGCUCCGGCCGCGGCGCCCUCCGCCUCCCAGACCGGCGCCUUUGCUGCUGGGGCCGCACCGGGUGGCACUGAGGUCAUCAGGGAGUACCUCUCGGAGCUGGCGGCCCAGGCAGGAGUAUCCCACGCCAUCCGGGAGCUCGUCGGCCGGAUCGUCGGUGGUGUCGGGGACGCGGUUGCUGGAGGAGAUUUAUCUGGCGCUAUGGUCGACUGUCGAGGGCCACCCUGUCGCUGUCCGAGACAGGAGCUGUAUAGUAAGGACAGGUCUGCGCUUGCGGACCUCAUCGUUCGCGGCGUGGACCCCGCCGCCAUGGGAGUGGUCCCUUCAGAUGGAGAGAUCCGCGCGCAUUAUGAGGCUGUGUUCGCGGGGGCCGCGCCUGAGGACAGGCAGAUUAUAUCGGAUUACAAGACACUGGUACGGGGUCUGUAUUCGCCUGUCCUCCUGCGGUCCGUGGAGACAGCCAUCCGAUGCCCUAGGGCGUCCAGUGCCGCUGGUCCGGACGGCAUGUCGGGGGCCGACUUGACGAGGCUGGAUGUCCGGAGCGUGGCGAUCUACAACGCCAUGCUCCUGACCCGCCGCACACCAUCUAUCCUCAAGGGUUGCCGUAGCACCCUGAUUCCCAAGGGUGGCGGCGACCCUGCUGAUGUCGGUUCCUGGCGGCCGAUUACCGUCUCUAACAUACUUAUUCGGACCUUUCACCGCAUACUAGCGGCACGCUUGGGCGCCUUAGAGAUUCACUCCACUCAGCGCGGGUUUCGAGGUCUGGAUGGGGCCAUGGCAAACGCCAUCAUUUUGCAGGCCGCCAUUAAGGGCUGCCGUGCCUCCUCAAGGCCAUACUGUGUCAGCGCCCUCGAUUUGCGGAAGGCAUUCGAUACCGUUCCGCACGCAUCCAUCGUGAGGGCCCACAGAUUUGGGGUUGAGCAGCCCUUUAUUGACUAUCUGAUGACGGCCUGUCCGGUCCUCGACGAGUUGAUGGUGUGGCUGUCCAGCAUGCCGACCGGGGUCGGCAUCGGCGACGUAAGGGUCAACGCCAUGGCGUACGCGGACGACCUGCUCCUCUUGACCCAGUCAACGAGGGAAAUGCAGGUCGUCCUUAGGGAAUGCCAGCGCUUCUUCGAGGCCCGGAGUAUGGAGCUGAAUGCUAGCAAAUGCUUCAACAUUACCGUUGCUCCAGCCUUGAAGAAGCUGUAUCUGGCCACCCAGGACCCUCUAUUCAUCGGGGCCAAAGUUGUCCCUGUCGUCGGUGCCGACUCCGUUUUUAAAUACCUUGGCCACAAGGUCGGCUUCAUGGGGACGGACCCGCCAUCAUUGGACUGCCUCGGGGACGCCAUGGGUCGCCUGCUGAGAGUGCCCCUCAAGCCCUACAAGCGCCUGAGGUUGCUGUAG